AUUUAGAGAAUGGCCAACUUCUCGAAGUGGUUUUAUCGCGGUGAGGGAAACAAAACUCUUGUUAUUUCGAAUCCAGAAACUAGGCAAGUCCUUCGCUUGCAAAAGUCAAAGGUAACGACAAAAGAUCAGCCAAAUUACACCCAGAACGUGAGUCAAAAAGAGUCGGAAAGCUUACAACAGGAAAUUGAGAAAAGUAUCGAGCUUUGUAAACAGGUUUUUAUUCCAUUGUUAGGGGAGAAAUAUGUCGAACCUGGGUGCAUCGUUGAACUUUCUGAGGAGUUUAUGAUAAGUAUUAAAGACCUAGUAACUUCUGCCAAUAAAGAAAGGCCAAAAAUUAGGCUGAGCAAAGAGGUUAACCAGCAAAGCAAGUUUGGCGUUUCAAUGCCAGAUUUUUGCUUUGUUUCCGGGGUUUAUGCAAAUGAGGUUGAAGGCAAGACGGUCCCACCCACAUUUUGUAUUGAAAUAAAACCGAAGUACGGUACCCUGCCUGCAUGUGCAGGACUUGAGAAAAGUUUAUACAGAAAUGUGAAGGAAUCUCUUUGCAAAUACUGUUUAUUUCAGUGGACAAAAGUUAACAAAGAAGGGAAAUAUCCACAGCGAAGUGGCUACUGUCCUCUAGACUUGUUUUCGUCAGAUAUAAGGAGGGUCUGGCAUGCAUUGAUUUGUCUUUUAAAGAACCCUCAAAACAACUUUAGGAUUUUUCAAGAAGGUAAACUGGUAUACUCUGGUGAGACUAUGUCACCAUCAUAUUAUGGUCAAAUGGAAAAUGGUAACAUAGCUGAUAAGAUACCAUCAAAUACUGGUGCAAAUGAACAUCAGUCACACUUGUCACCACUUGAAGAGGCCCUUUCUCAUUCAUUUGCAAGUCACCAUUCAGACACUUUAACCAAUUAUAAUCUGUACAGUGAAAUUGAUGGUGCAAAUUUAUCGUCAACCACUAUGUUGCUGGCCACCUUGCUUCAGUUACUUAUACACGACUCUAAUGAAAGUAGCAUAAAUCAUCACCACCAUGUUGAUCACCAUUCAUCUAACCAUCCUGUUUGUGAGGCAAGUCAAUAUAAUGAAGCCAACUACUCAACUGACAUUCCAACAUGGCUAAUGUCAAAAGGUUUGGCUUUUGGUCAAGAUGGUGUUUUGAGGAAAAUCUUGGAUGUGCAGAAAUUGGAUAAAAUUGGAACUGAUAACGCAUUUAGUAGUUUUAACACAUUAUGUGCCAAUGGUCACAAAGAACUCAUCGAUUUGCAUAUUUUGACAUUUAAUCAAAACACUGUGAAAUGCAGUAUUAAUGCCAGCAAUAAUGCAAAAACAAAUGAUAAUUGUGACCGAACACAAACAAGUGCUAAUUGUGAUGAGAAUGGCAGCGUUUAUACUAAUGACUUGUCAAUAGCAAGUGAAUUAGAUAGUCUUACAAAAUUUUUAAUUGCAGCCAGUGCUAACGACUGUUCUAUAAUGAUCUCAUUUCAAGAGGUAUUGAAUGGUAGUCCUAAGGAUUUGAGUUGUUUUGAAGAUGUUCUUACUGGCAAGGUUUACAAGUAUUCAAUUGCCAUAGUGGACCUUGAUGAGAAGGACAGCGAUCGUAUUCCAAAGUACUACAAGGAGUACCACGAUAUUGUUGAUAAUUAUCUUCAAUUAAAUUUAGAAAUUUAAUUUAAUAAAAUGUUUUACUGUGACAUUAUGCAAGCUACAUUUGAAACAUUAAGUUUACAGGAAAGAUGACCCUGAGUCCAUUUUUCAGUUCAUGAUGGCUAUCACAUUGGAGAAUACCAAGGGGGGGAAAUAAUAAAAACUGAAAAAAUAUCCUGUAAAAUGUGCAGGUGUCAGGCAUCUGUGUUUGCAUUUGGU